CUGAUAUUCCCGGCCUUGAGCCUCCAACGCCCCCACGCGUGCCACCACAGGGAGCGGCCAGACAACUGCGUGACGCCUCGAGGGGCGGGGUCUCAUUAUUAAAAGGCGAGAGAGGCCGCCGCGCCGGCCCCAAGGACCCGGGUCACAAGGAGAGCCAGCUCGCUCUGCACACAACGCCAGCCGCGUUAGCGACGCCCUGGAGUCCGCGGCGGGUACCAUGCAGCUUCUGGUGAGGGUGCCGUCUCUUCCGGAACGGGGAGAGCUGGACUGCAAUAUCUGCUACCGACCCUUCAACCUCGGGCACCGUGCGCCCCGCCGUCUACCCGGAACGGCGCGCGCCCGCUGCGGACACACGCUAUGCACCUCUUGCCUGAGCGAGCUGGCAGCGCGCGGCGACCGCAGCGGAGCAGCCGCGCGCGUGGUGCGCCUGCGCCGCGUCGUCACGUGUCCGUUUUGCCGCUCUCCCACUCCGCUUCCGCGCGGCGGGGUCACGGAGAUCGCUGUGGACCCGGACUUGUGGUCGCGGUUGGAGGAAAAAGCGCGGGCUGAACGCGAAUCAGAUGAGGCGGGUAUCCCGGUCAGGGAAAGCGGCGACGCCGACCAAGAGGCAGACGAGGAAGAGGAGAGCGAUAAGGGGGCGGGGCCGAGGAGCGCGGGGUGGCGCGCGCUCCGGCGGCUCUGGUACAGGGUGCUGGCACCUGCGCGCCGCUGGCGGCGCCCGCUGCCUAGCAACGUGCUGUACUGUCCGGAAAUCAAAGACUUUUCCCACAUGACCCGCUGUACGUUGUAACCGCGGGAUCGGAAAGCUGCGGCUGAAGGAAGGUGGGAGCUGCAUUCUCCGGGCGUGCUGGAUAGUGUAAGGGGUUUGAUGCCAAGACUACCCCCUCUCCCAUCCCGGGAUUGGCACUGAUGAGGAAGUUGAGCCGAGGGCAGGAGGGAACGCCCUGGGAGGUGUUGAUGCUGAGCAGGGGAGGCUCCUAGACGAAUCGCCCCCAUCUGCUGUCAGAUUUACAUAUUCAGGAUGAAGUGGGCCAGGGAUGAUAAAAACAGUCUACGUUCCCGUGGGAAGAAGACAGAUCGUUUCCUUAGCUGUGACUUUGGCUUUUGUCCAGGGCAGCUCUGGUGUGUGGGAGCAGCUAGUCUCAUUUUAGCAAUUGUGUCAGUGGUUUGAAAUUUUUUAAAGAUGGAGAGAAUAGGCUAGUUUUCUUGUCAUGUUAAUCUCACUUCUCUAGCAAGUAAGAGAGCUAAAAAAAUAAGCCUUUAUUUUUCCCCCCCCCAUUGCUGGUAUGCUUACUGUCUUCUGAUUCCCAGUACUGUGUUCCUAAAAUUGAGAUGCAUAUCUCCUGCCUUGCUUCAUUUCAGAAUCUCCCUUCAACCCGUUAGGGCAGGUCUCAGAAGGUCCAAAAGGCAUUUAUCUGAGGCACCUAAUUAGAGCUAAUCAAAGGUAGAAGGGAGAGUUAAAAGUAUCAAAUUUUAAACCUUUGAUACUGUGUUUUUACAGUCACAGGAAAACGCUGUCACUACUGAAAAAAGAUGCCCAUCAUACAAUUUUAAACUUGUGUCCCAUAAUUGGACAUUUAUUGUAUGCCAUGGAUUCUAUUUUAAAAUCCUGUCAAUAUCUUAAGAUAGUAUAAAGAACCAGCAGUAUCAGCAUGAGUGGGGAGCUUGUUGAAAGUGCAAAAUUCCAGGAUUCCACUUCAGAUUUACUGAAUCAGAAACUGCAUUUUAACAAGAAUCCCAGGUGAUCCAUAUGCAACUAAAAAUUUAAGCAUUGGUCCAGGUCCUAGAGGCCCUAGAAUAUUAUCUAUGGGUGGAAUAUUUAGAAUACAAGUGGUAUUUAAUAAAUUAUAUAUACUGUUUUAUUGAAGGCUCUAAAGUGACUUUCUGUUGCUCAAUAAAUCCAAAUUCUUUGUGUGCAUAGUUUACUUAUUGUGUUUCAAGUUAAAAAUGUGAACUUAAAUAUAAACCCCAAUUUUUUUAAACUGUAUUUUGGCUUUUUCCUGUCCCUAAGGUCUCAGCUUAAAUGUUUCCUUUUUUGGGAGGCCUUUCUCAGCAUUCAACCUGGUGUAGCCCCUUCCCUUACCCUCUGUAGCAUACUGCCUUUUUAUUUUCACUGUUUUUAUUUUCAGAUAGUAUAUGCUUUAUUGGUGUCCCUUACUAGAGUGUAAACUCCAUGAAAGCAAUGACUGAGUUAUGACUGUUCUCUCUCCAGGGCCAACAGCAGUAUUAAUGUAUAUACUCAAUAAAUGUUAACUGGAUAUUUCAUUUUUUAAUAGCAUCAAAAAUUAAGUGGUCUCUCUCAAUCUCUGAUCAGCCCUAGUAGUGAACAAUGCAUGUCAAGUAUUUAGCAGUUCAAAUAUUUGGCAAGCUAUGGAGGUCUGACCCCUACCCUUCAACUCCAUAAAAAAAAAACAAAAAACUGUGCAUUUCUGCACAUUUGGAACUGAAUCUGUAGAGCUGUAGUGACCUCUACUGACUCUUGGGGGAACUAAGCAACUGGAAGGUGGAAAGGAUAUCAAAAGGAUGAAGGGAAGGCAGUUCUGAAUCUCUCCAGGCACCCCUCCCACUGCUUGUCCAGUAAGCCCUGCCUUCUCUCUGAUCUCAGCCUGAGGUACCCUGUGUAGGUACCCUGCUGCUCACCCUCCAUCUCUAAACUGAGCUCAUCACAUUGGGGUUGGAAAAAAAGCCUCAGAGUUUUAGUCUAUGAUCCAAGAAAUAAAAAUGAGAAAAAGGUAAAGUCACAAGAUUUUCAAAAGGAAAAAGAUGGAUAAUAUGAAAUGGCAGAAAGCAACACCCUUUCCUUCCUUAUCCCUCCCCCCAAAGAACUCCUCCACUCAAAAACAACAGAGCACACAGAAAGGAAAGUAUAAUUUAUAUGUACAACCAAUAAACCUGAUACAGAAGAGGGGGAUUGGGACAGGCCAGGAGUGGGUGUGAAGAGAGACUGGGAAAGGGGCAGCAAGAAAGUGAAGGGGCAGCAAAGAGGAAGUGGGGGGUUCGCCAUGCAAACUGCCACUCUCCUCAGCCCCUCCUGGGGAGGAGGGUGUGCCCAUGUCUUCCCAGCUUGCCCUCCACUAUUUUGCUCUGGUCCCAAAGGCAAGGUAGUCCCUUGACUAGGCCCCCUGCCAGACCCACUCAAAUUUAGUCAGUAUUCAGGCCUUCAGGAGGGAGGGAAGUUCUCCAAGAUCCUGGGCCCCAAGGACAGAUUGGGGAGCUCCUCUUUGGCUCGAGGGAGUAUUGCUCAACCAUUACUCUCUUUGUAGGGGUGGUCCUUGGUCCCUAGGGAAGGGGG